CCCGGCCUGCACACACACAGUGCCCACACAGAGCUCCCAAACAGAACUCCGUGACUCCCUCCCACGCCGGUAGGGCCUGCGCUCCCGGCCCCAGCAAGCUAGGCUGAGCUCGACCUUGGGUUUCCAUGCCCCCCGCUUCUCCCCACUCUUUCCCCAUUCCUUUCCUCACCACCCCUCUUCCCUCGCAGCCUCAGGAAACUUUUCCGCAGGUCCCUGAAAGGGGGAAACCUGGAGUUCCUUGCGUCCGGCCCUUCCCCCCUGGACGGACACGAGUCGCCGGUCAUUCCCCAGCUCGGCUCCGCCCGAGAGAGUCAAGUAGGGAAAGGUCACCGUAGGCAGCCCACUGCCUGCACCCUGGGAGCAAGAGGGUGGUCAUAACAGCCUGUCAUCAGGGGAGUAGGUGUAGCGCCCCCGCGCGGCGCGGGCGGCCGGGCGUCUCCAGCAUGACUGGCCAGAGCCUGUGGGACGUGUCGGAGGCCAACGUCGAGGAUGGAGAGAUCCGCAUCAACGUGGGCGGCUUCAAGAAGCGGUUGCGCUCGCACACGCUGCUGCGCUUCCCCGAAACGCGCCUGGGCCGCCUGCUGCUCUGCCACUCGCGCGAGGCCAUUCUGGAGCUCUGCGACGACUACGACGAUGCCCAGCGCGAGUUCUACUUUGACCGCAACCCCGAGCUCUUCCCCUACGUGCUGCACUUCUACCACACCGGCAAGCUUCACGUCAUGGCAGAGCUGUGCGUCUUCUCCUUCAGCCAGGAGAUUGAAUACUGGGGCAUCAACGAGUUCUUCAUUGACUCCUGCUGUAGCUACAGCUACCACGGCCGCAAAGUGGAGCCCGAGCAGGAGAAGUGGGACGAGCAGAGCGACCAGGAGAGCACCACGUCCUCCUUCGACGAGAUCCUGGCCUUCUACAACGACGCCUCGAAGUUCGAUGGGCAGCCCCUGGGCAACUUCCGCAGACAGCUGUGGCUGGCGCUGGACAACCCCGGCUACUCGGUCCUGAGCAGGGUCUUCAGCGUCCUGUCCAUCCUCGUGGUUCUGGGGUCCAUCAUCACCAUGUGUCUCAAUAGCCUGCCAGACUUCCAGAUCCCUGACCGCCAGGGCAACCCGGGCGAGGACCCCAGGUUCGAAAUCGUGGAGCACUUUGGCAUUGCCUGGUUCACCUUUGAGCUGGUGGCCAGGUUUGCGGUGGCCCCCGACUUCCUCAAGUUCUUCAAGAACGCCCUAAACCUGAUUGACCUCAUGUCCAUCGUCCCCUUUUACAUCACGCUGGUGGUGAACCUGGUCGUGGAGAGCACUCCUACCUUGGCCAACUUGGGCAGGGUGGCCCAGGUCCUAAGGCUGAUGCGGAUUUUCCGCAUCUUAAAGCUGGCCAGACACUCCACUGGCCUCCGCUCCCUGGGGGCCACCCUGAAAUACAGCUACAAGGAAGUAGGGCUGCUUCUGCUCUACCUUUCUGUGGGGAUUUCCAUCUUCUCCGUAGUGGCCUAUACCAUCGAAAAGGAGGAGAACGAGGGCCUGGCCACCAUCCCCGCCUGCUGGUGGUGGGCCACUGUCAGUAUGACCACCGUAGGGUACGGGGAUGUGGUCCCGGGGACCACGGCAGGAAAGCUGACCGCCUCUGCCUGCAUCCUGGCAGGUAUCCUGGUGGUGGUACUGCCCAUCACCUUGAUCUUCAAUAAAUUCUCCCACUUUUAUCGGCGCCAGAAGCAACUUGAGAGCGCCAUGCGCAGCUGUGACUUCGGAGAUGGAAUGAAGGAGGUCCCUUCUGUCAAUUUAAGGGACUAUUAUGCCCAUAAAGUUAAAUCCCUCAUGGCGAGCCUGACGAACAUGAGCAGGAGCUCGCCAAGCGAACUAAGUUUAAAUGAUUCCCUACAUUAGCUGGGAGGGCUUGACAUCCUCAAACCCACAUUGCUGAGCUGUCUCUUGUGCCUCUGGCACACUCCAGGUACCCUAGGGUUAUGGUGUGAGGAGUAUGCCCAGCCCCAAAAGGGAGAGAAUGCAUGGGAUCUGCACCCCAGGUUGCUUUUACAGUAUUUAGGAUCAUUUUUAGAGGGUGGUGUGUCUGACACCAUGCCUUUGCACUUUUCAGUGAAAUGACACUCACUGGUCUUCGCAUCGUGGGCAUAAAAUGUUCACCUUUCUGCCGGAUGAGUACCACCUAGAAUGCUAAUUUCUCUGUUCAUUGUGUUCUCUCAUCUAGUGCUCAUGGCCCAGGACUGUCUCUGAGUUGUUUGUGCUCCUGUUUCUGAGGUUGUCAUGUGAAUUCCAUAAAAAAGCCCCCACGAAUAUGUCCUGUGGAAACACAUCUGUGGGGCCUGCAAGGAUAGGAUGAGGUUUUGCUCACAGUCAGGUGAAAACAAAAUCUCAAUUAUUUAUCCAUUGCUUUCAUUUAGUUUUAAUAUCAAACAAAGAGAAUGUGAAGUUAAGUAGACAUGACCGAUUCAAGUCUGUGAGUUGUUUUUGUCAAUGAUCUGUAGCCUUGUGACUUGCAUGGGUACCCUGCUCACCUUUCAAAUGAUGUACACCCCUGUUCAUCUCUUAAAUGUUGCUCUUUAGAGAACGUUAGUUUGUUAAACAUGUAGUGAAGACUGAAAUUUUCCCCAAGAACAGAUGCAUUAGGGCUAGGGACUUCAGCUAAACAUAGGCCAAAUCACAUGAUGCUUGAAGAUCUUUCAGAAUCAGGCCUCAUUCUUUCCUGGGUGGUUGCAGGGACAUUUAUUUCUUGCUGAGGUUACUGGUCUAGGUCAUUUGACCAAACUUUGCUGUGUCUUAGCUAUUAGCAUGUUUCUGAAAUGUUUCUUUUUUAAGGUGUUUAGAAAUAAGAUCGUGUUGUCUUUCUCAACUAACAAGUUUACUGUUGUAUUGUCUUUCUGAGGCAAACAUUGUUGGGCUGCUAGCAAGGGCAGUAGCUUAGAAAAUUUUGUUACCUGCUCUGAAAGCUUAGAUAAAGCUUUUAUUUCCAAGCAGAGUUUACUUAGAUAAUUUUGCUUCUAGGAUACGGUAUGUAACACACAAUGCUCUAAUCACCCCAGAGUUCCUGGUAUGACAUGAACACCCUGUGGCAUGGAAGUGUGUACUCAAAAUAUAGACAAGUGGCUUAUCCAGGAUGGAAAUAUUAUAGUUCUUAUUUCCAUUUCAGCUGCCUUUUGUUGGGGGGAAGGUUGGUGGAGGCCAGGAGAAAGGAAAGAGUUGUAAAACAAAAAAGCAUUGUUAAUAAAAUGUCAUAAAUAAUUGCAAA